AUGGAUUAUAAAUUUUAAAUACAUUUGCAAAAGAUGGUAAUAAUUAGAUUGAACUAAGAAUUCUUAUAAUUAAGUAUGAAAGUUAGUAAAAUAAAUGAAUAUGGAAAUACACAUAUAAGUUAUUUUGUGUUAACCAUUAAAAAAUAUGUUAUUAAAUAAAUCAAUUAACAAUGAUAUAAUUUAGAAGCAAUUAGAAGGAAAGUACAAUUUUCAUUAAUAAUUGGAUUAACUAUUUCUUCCAAGAGUUAUGAAUUUAUUUUGCCUUAAAAAAAUGAAUAUGAUGAUGAUGAUCUCAGAUUAUUAACUGAAAGCAUAUCUAGGUGAAGAGAAUUAAUUGUUAAGACAUAUGCAACUGAAUUUCUCAUUCCUUUGGCUUCAUAUUAAGUUCUGA